CUACAUUCUACACACACUCGCACACAACCGGCAGUGUGAUUACAGAGAGAUGCUUGCCUGCACCUUCGACUGUAUCCGCGAAUCGGUGGCGGCGCGCCCGUUCCCGUCUCCGUCUGGCUACGCUGCACCCAACGCGGCAAAAUUCAUCGGGAUCGGUUUCACGGGCGUUUCUCUCUAGAUCCAUGCUGGAAAAGCAGUCCAUGCAACACCGCCUCAGCCGACUACGGAAAUGGGCGGCCUAAUUACACAGAACAUUUCGUCUAAAUUGGCCGAUGCUGGUGCUGUUCCCAUGACAGAGGCCGCGUUCCCGCGUUGGACGUCAAUGCUGAUCCGUUGGCGCAAAAACUCCGUCGCCCGUACCUCGCCUGUUUCCUGUUGUAUCAUCUUCCCGACUUCGGUCACCAAACGAGAAGCAUCCGGUCCGAGUGGUCCAAGUGUUUCGACGCCAAAUGCGCGGAACAGGUAAUCUCGAGUGAGUUCCCGAUACUUCGCCACUUUAUCCUGCUCUGCGCGCGCCGCAGCUGCUCCCGCUUGCUUCGAUGUUGCCGCGAUGUGCGACAAAGCUACCGUGCACACACAUGUGGCGUCCCAGGUCAACAUCUUUCCUCUUUCCCAUGGGACCAAAGUCACUCCGUCGGGGCGCUUGCCAUUGGUUAGGCAAGUACCCGGUGGUUCCAGUUCCGUUUCAAUACCGGCGGAAGCAAAGGCGCGCUUUAAAGUGACAGUGAUGCAGCUGUGCCUGGGCUUCCGGCCCCGGCUUUUUUUACAACUCAGGCCAUGGUAUCCUCGCGCAUCGGCCCAUUCACCACAAUUGCAACGGUGUGGAAUGGUGACUGGUACGCCGAGACGCAGGCCGACAGCAAUUCUAAGUGUGGUGUCGUUUAGGAAGUUACCGAGGGAUGCGGCUGGAAGUGCUUCCAGCCAUGCGCCAUUAUCCUUAGUGCUCACACCUCGAAGAGGGGCUUCACUUGACAUGUCUGACUGAGCUGCCGCCAGGAGGGUUUCCACCGUGCCGUGGAUGAUCGGUUCAUCCCAAAUCUUCUGGUGUUUUCUGGUUUCGAAGGCCGGAAGAUCCGCUUUGGUCAUUUGUUGCCACUCUUCUGCGGCGCCGCAACAAUAAAUUUCCGGGAGUCUGGGAAAUUCCGGUUUACGGAUUUCCCGUAUCAGCCUGGGCAUGGGGCCGGGAUUGGGAUUGGCGCUGCAGUACGCGCAGAUGCAGUUCUUACAGACCGGAACCCUGGCGCCGGUCGUACCGCGCUCAUCAUCCUCCACCAUCACGAUGCCCGGCAACGCUGCCGGCGGGGUCAAUAUGAUCGGACUGCAGCUGCAGCUGUCGCAGCCGCAAUCCCCUUCCAACACCAGUACCAGCGUAUCAUUAGUCAACGCCAUCAGCCAGAGUUCCAUCAAGCGCUACUCCGCUGACAACAACAACAAUAACCGUAGCCGCGCCAACACCACCCGCACCGGCAUCCAAGCACUGUACAGCCGCUGCGGAGGAGAUUGUGGAGCAGAUCGCGUCAGUCUGGCCUAUGAGUUCGGGGUCAACUAUUUUGACGAUGCCGACAGUCAGACCAAUGGAACGCCGGGUGUGACGACUGCACUUCCGGUUGGCAGUAUACGCAGACGACUCGGAAUGAUAAACUGAAUGCACUGGACGUUUUCUGUUGAAGAACGGAAACACUUUUGGGAAAAGUCCUCAAAAAGAAGAAAUGGAGACGCUCAUUACGUCAUAACGACAAAAAUCUGCCGCACGGGAACGGCCGAAACCGAGAAAUGACUUUCCCGGAAACACGUGGUGGAAUCCUUGCAAGCUAGCCUGGAACGGCUUGGGUUGGCCUAUGUAGAUGUCGUAUUCGCUUGCUGUCGCGAUAACUGCACUCCCAUGGAAGAAAUUGUGCGCGCUUUUUCGUGGGUGAUCGAAAAAGGAUGGGCCUUCUACUGGGCGACAGCCAACUGGAGCCAAGCGGAAAUCAUGGAAGCUAAUCUCACACCGCCGCUGGCUGACCAGUGUAAAUACAAUGUGUUUCGCCGGGAGCCGGUGGAAUUGGUGAUCCCGGAGCUUUUAUGCGGAAUAGGAUGCGGCAGUAUUACAUAUUCCCCAUUGGCCAACGGUCUAAUUGUGGGAGAUUACGAGAUGGACGACACUACAUCCAGUUCGUUGGCCAUGCAGCGCUGGGCCUUACUGGAACGCGACACCUCCAUCAUCGAGCGGGAACGUCGCAACAGCGAAGUGACCUUACACCUGCAUAAAAUCAAAUACCUGCGCCCCAUCGCCGAUCAGAUCGGGUGUUCCCUCAGUCAGCUGGCGAUUGCCUGGUGUCUGCGCACCGAACUGGUGCAGUCGGUGCUGAUCAGUCCCAGUUCGUUGGAGCAGCUGCGGGAUCAUCUGCUGGCGCUGUCGGUGCUGGAUAAGCUGACACCGGCAGUGUUGGCUGUCAUGGAGAAAGUGCUGGGCAAUCAGCCGAUGCUGGGACUGGCUAAGAACAAGAAUGCCACGAAGCCGGGUCAACAGGAUAAGCGACGUCGUUGGUCAAUUCAUCGAAAAAGCGUCACUUCAUCGCCGCGACUGAGCAUCAGCCAUGCCGGAAAUCCUUAUGAAGGACGCAUCGGAUACAGAAAAUCCAUAGACUAUUCCUAUGAUCGGAGACCUUCGCACAUUUAAAACAAAGCCUUGGGAAAUAUAAAAAAUCUCUUGCCAAAGAUCUUAGAAAAUAUUUUUGUGAAGAUUAUACGGCUGUCCGCCUAACUUUUCUCUAAUAAUUUCGAAGCAACCAAGACGCUUCGAUGAGCUUCCAAGAUGAUCUUUAUUUACGGACAAAUUCACAGAACAUGUAUAUUCCUGUUGGAAAUAUCAUUCCUAAGUAGCCAAAUUUUAUUUUUUUGUAGCACUAAUAUAAUUUGUUUUGAUCAUGCAGGUAGGUGCGGAGUGCUGACGCUGUAACAUAACUUUGUCAAGAUGUUGCGCUAUCUGAUUUGCUACGAGCUGAAGAAAUAAAAUUAAAAAACACAU